CCCGCGCCCAGCGUCUUCCGGUGACCAGUGCGCCCAGAAGACGCGUGCGGACGCGCGGCCUCUCAUUUCGCCUGCCCACCAUACUGCGAUCGCUAUCAUUCAAGGCUCUCUACAGGGCCAUCCCCCUCGCUGCUGCUGCCUCGCCCUAUUCCACCCGCGUCCCAGCCAUGGCCCCCACCACAAACGGCGCAAACGGUGUCCAUGCGACCGUCCCCCAAUCGUCCAAGAUGCACUCCAAAGUGGUCAUCAUCGGCUCAGGGCCCGCAGGGCACACAGCAGCCAUCUAUCUGGCUCGUGCAAACCUCAAUCCUGUGCUCUUUGAGGGCUUUAUGGCCAAUGGCUUCGCCGCAGGUGGCCAGCUCACCACAACGACCGACAUUGAGAACUUCCCUGGAUUCCCAUCGGGGAUUCUUGGUCCUGAACUAAUGGACAAGUUCCGCGCUCAGUCGCUCCGUUUCGGCACCAGCAUCAUCACCGAGACCGUCUCGAAAGUGGACCUCUCCGAACGGCCAUUCCGCUACUGGAGAGAGUUUCAGGAAGAUGAAGAGCCGGAAACCGCGGAUACGCUGAUCAUUGCGACUGGCGCUUCAGCAAAACGGCUGGGUCUGAGGGGCGAGGAGACCUACUGGCAGAGCGGCAUCAGUGCAUGCGCCGUGUGUGACGGCGCCGUUCCCAUCUUCAGGAACAAGCCACUCGCUGUUAUCGGAGGUGGUGACUCUGCAGCGGAGGAAGCGACGUACCUGACGAAGUACGGCUCGCAUGUCUACGUUCUCGUACGGAGGGGCGAGCUGCGCGCGUCGAAGAUCAUGGCAAAACGCCUGCUCAACAACCCCAAAGUCACCAUCCUCUGGAACACGGUCGCGGUCGAGUGCCUGGGCGACGGCGACCUGCUCAACAACCUCAGGAUAAAGAACAUGCUCACCGGCGAGGAGAAGGAUCUCCCCGUGAACGGGCUCUUCUACGCCAUCGGCCACGAGCCCGCGACGGCGCUCGUCCGCGGCCAGCUGCAGACGGACUCCGAGGGCUAUAUCAUCACUGUGCCCGGCACGACGCAGACCAGCGUGAAGGGUGUGUUCGCGGCGGGCGACGUCCAGGACAAGCGGUACCGCCAGGCGAUCACGAGCGCGGGCAGCGGGUGCAUGGCUGCGCUCGAGGCAGAGCGCUUGAUCGCGGAGGAGGAGGAAGGGCUCGAGGAUUAGAGACGUACUACGAUACUCGCAUGCAAUCAUCCGGUUGGCCGCAGACAUAUAUAGAUGUACUACAUAUACAAUUUUGCCCUCUAUAGACGACAUUAUUUCGUGUUGAGCACCUCUCGAAGUCCUGUGCGAGACGACGGCGGGCUACCGAUGCCUGAGCUCCCGGUCCA